AUGCCGCAGCUCUUUGAUCUGCCACGCGAAUUGCGCGAUCUGAUAUAUGAGGAGAUUCUCGCAUCGUCUGCCCCUCUGCCGACAUUGAAGGAUACGCGAUACCCAUUUAACUGGUGUCCCCUAAAACAGCCACCGAGAGGUCUUACAGACUAUGAUUGUGUCAUCUCAUUCCAGGAAGCACCGCCUACAUGUGCAAGCUUCUUGGCAUGUAACCGCCAGAUCAAUGUGGAGAUGAUGCAUGCCAUUAAACGAGAAAAGCAAAAAGGCCAGAUGUGUGCACUGAUGGACUGCGUCGUGAACGAUCAGAUGCACCACUUUACUUGGCUUGCUGUCCCACUUGUCAAAACAGAAAAGAAGGACGCGUCGAAGCCAAUGGCGUGCAAGGACACCCCAAUGUCUAAAGUCAUAUCAAGCUGGGCAACUAGGCUCUUCCAUGCAGGAACUAGCCACAUAUUGGGCAAUAACAUCUUUCCCGCGUAUUCCCUUCACUUCACUACAGUGAUUGAGCGAUUACGGAUCGAUAUUCGGCUUUUUGACUCAAGUCCACCCAUAUCCACACUCUCGGACUCUCAUCGGAACUCUACAGCGUGGGCUAUAUGUGCAGCCCUCAGCCACAUUUUCGACAAUGGCCCCGAUCUCCAUACAGCAAGGAGAGUUGACUUCAUCGGAGAGGUCGUCCUCAACCUUGUACCCCAAGCCAACGUCUCUAAUGCCUCACCACCCCAAUCUCCGGACAAUGCCAACGAUAGCUUGUUCGUCCCAGAGACAGAGGCUACGCCAACGGAAUUGAUACGCAAUGAGCUUGUUGAGGUGUGGAAUAGAAUCUGGGCUGCGGACGAUUUUCCUACAAGUGAGCUCCGAGCAAGAUACUACCGCUUUCUCCUCGAGAAGAUCAAUAGAGUGAGAAUAUGUGUCAACGGCAAAACGUUUCGUACCCGAGAGCUGGCUGCCGAGCUGGAGAGGGGCAGGGCUGAGAUGAGGAGGAUCCAGAUGCGGUAAUGGUAUAUGUAGGUUCCAACGGGACAAGUUCAAUGUCAGUAUGGGUUGCUCGUCCCAGUUCGGAGAGCGCUGCGGCUGGGCAAAGGGCGGUUCGGAGAUGAUGUGGGUCAUGACUGCUCUGUGCGUUGACAGUCGUGUCUGGACGUGUUCUCAAAGUAUGUUCUGGAAGACGUAGAUCGUGUAGCGGCCUUACUUAAGUAUGAUUCAUAACUCGGCAGUGAAGAUUCCCCACUCGGUCAGAAGAUGUUGAAUGGGUCCAAGUCGCGGGUUCUGCUUCUCUACAAGCAAUAGC